UAAGUAAGGGUUGAUGUUCAUAUUUUCACUCAUUUUUCCACUUCCUUCUCCCACAUAUAUAAGCCCUAGUUUCUCCGCCCGCAACCCAAUUCCGAUCCGUUUUUUCGUCGUUCUUCUACGUUCUUAAUCAAACCCUAAACCCUCUCCCAUGGCGAGUUCCGAUACCGAACGCAGAGAUGAUGAGGACGCUCCGGCCGCAGAGGAUGAAGACACUGGAGCUCAAGUCGCCCCAAUCGUCAAGUUGGAAGCGGUAGCCGUCACUACUGGUGAAGAAAACGAGGACGUUAUUCUUGAUCUAAAGUCCAAACUCUACCGAUUUGAUAAAGAAGGAAACCAAUGGAAGGAGAGAGGUGCUGGUACUGUUAAGUUUUUGAAACACAAGGAGACUGGCAAGGUUCGUCUUGUUAUGAGGCAGUCUAAGACCCUCAAGAUCUGCGCUAACCAUCUUGUUCUUCCAUCAAUGUCGGUUCAAGAACACGCUGGUAAUGAUAAGUCUUGUGUGUGGCAUGCGCCUGACUAUGCGGAUGGUGAAUUGAAAGAUGAGCUGUUUUGCAUCAGAUUCCCAUAUAUUGAGAACUGCAAAACCUUCAUGGAGACAUUCCAAGAAGUUGCAGAGUCCCAAACCAAGAAAGAGGAGAAUGAAGAUGCAUCUGCAGCAGCUGAUCAACUUGAAAAAUUAAAGGUUGAAGACAAAAAGAAGGAAGGUGAAGAUAAAGCGGGAGACAAAGCUGAAGAUAAAGCUGCAGAGAAAGAGUAAUUAGGAGGCUGUUUCCCCUGUGUGAGAUACUAGAAGAAGAAGAAGAUACACAAUACCCUAAGAAAAAGAUGGAAGAGGUUUUGUUGAGUUAUGAUGCCCUUGCUUAAUUAUCUAAUGAUAUCAAGUUUUGGGCUUCUGACUUACAUUUGCAUUAUUACUAUUUAAGUUUUUUUCUUUCUUAAAAAAAUAAUGUCUGUGUUUUGUUCUUCUCGUGCGACCAUAGUUCAACUGUCAUAAAACAUAUGUUAUGUGUUAUCUUUGAUGAAGAGGUUAGCAUCGAGACAUAGCUUCAUACUCAUAUUUUUAGGAAA